CUGUGUCAACCACAAUCACAAUGACUCCCGGGGAAAACUUGAGAGACGGCUCUCUUCCGAUUCCCUUGAAAAUGACAGAAAACAUAAAAAAAGGAAAAAUGAUUAUCACAAACAUAGAAGGCCAAGAACAUCUGGAUUACGUAACCUAGGAAACACUUGUUUUAUGAAUGCAGUUUUACAAUCUUUGAGUAAUAUACAAGAGUUUUGUGGCUAUAUCAAACAACUUCCAUCUUUAGAGGACAAAGUGCUCAAAGCCAAAAAAAUCCACAUCUCCAGAAAGACAAGAGACACAGGGGAAGAUGUAUUAUUAGUGGAAGAACUGAGGAAGACAUUGGUGGCUUUGUGGCAGGGAACCAAAGGGGCCAUAUCUCCAGAGUCUCUCUUCAGUGUUAUCUGGAAGGUUGUGCCACGGUUCAGAGGCUACCAGCAACAAGAUGCCCAUGAGUUUAUGAGGUACCUGCUGGACAGGCUGCAUAUCGAACUGUUGGAGCUGCUGCCCUACCCAAACAACAACUCUCCAUACAUAGGCCCCAAAGGCAAAAGCACAAUAGUCACUGCUAUAUUUGGUGGGCUUCUGCAGAGCGAGGUCAGCUGUCUUAUAUGCAGGAUGGAGUCCAAAAAGCAUGACCCUUUCCUAGAUCUCUCAUUGGAUAUACCAGCUCAGUUUUCAAGCAGAAUAACAAAGCCAAAGGAUGGGGAGCCAGUAUGCACAUUAUUAGAUUGUUUGGCAAGUUUUACAGAGCUAGAGGAGCUGGAAGACUCUGAGCUGUAUAUGUGCAACAACUGCAAACAAAGGCAACGCUCGACCAAAAAAUUCUGGAUUAGACGAUUACCAAAUGUGCUUUGCCUCCAUUUAAAGAGGUUUCGGUGGAGUAUGUUUUGCCGAUUGAAGGUGGAGACUUUUGUUGAGUUCCCAGUUAAAGGCUUGGAUAUGAAUACUUAUGUACUUAAUAAUUUGCAUGAAACCAGAGGAAACUUUUCAGGAAGUAAUGUUUAUGAUCUCGCUGCUGUUAUAGUCCACCAUGGAUCUGGGGCAGGAUCUGGACACUACACAGCUUAUGCUACUCAUGAAGGGCAGUGGUAUCACUUCAAUGAUAGUACAGUCACAGCAUGUGAUGCUGAGACUGUCAUGCGUUGCAAGGCAUACAUCUUGUUCUACGUCAGACGAGAGAUACGUCUGCCAGACAGCUUGUGUGUUCGGACUCAAAGCAGCCUCAAUGGUAGACACCAUCUUUCUCGGCACCUCUCUGUGUAG